AACGUUAUAAUUCGUGAUUAUGUAGUGACGUGUCUCUCUCUGUGUCAAAAAGUUUAAAGAAUCUCGAGAGGGCGAUGUUUAAUUGAUUGCAUCGUGUUUUGGAUAAUUAUUUAAAACAAGAUGUUGACGAAGUUCGAAACGAAGUCUGCUCGAGUGAAGGGCUUGUCCUUCCAUCCAAAACGUCCCUGGGUACUUGCAAGUUUACAUAAUGGCGUUAUUCAAUUAUGGGAUUACCGUAUGUGUACCUUGCUCGACAAAUUUGACGAACACGAUGGACCUGUUCGAGGCAUAUGUUUCCACAAUCAGCAGCCAUUAUUUGUUUCGGGCGGCGACGAUUAUAAGAUCAAAAUUUGGAAUUACAAACAACGAAGAUGUAUCUUUACGUUACUGGGGCACUUAGAUUAUAUCAGGACUACUAUGUUCCAUCAAGAGUAUCCUUGGAUCCUUAGUGCUUCAGACGAUCAGACUAUCCGAAUCUGGAACUGGCAAAGCCGCACUUGCAUUUGUGUAAUGACUGGCCACAAUCAUUAUGUAAUGUGUGCACAAUUUCAUCCUACAGAGGAUAUCAUCGUGUCAGCUUCGCUUGAUCAAACGGUCCGCGUUUGGGAUAUUUCGGGAUUGCGCAAGAAAAAUGUGGCGCCAGGUCCGGGAGGUCUCGAGGAUCAUUUGAAAAAUCCGGGAGCGACCGAUUUAUUCGGUCAGGCUGAUGCAGUAGUGAAAUAUGUUCUUGAAGGUCAUGACAGAGGCGUAAACUGGGCAUGCUUUCACGGAACGUUACCUCUCAUUGUCUCCGGAGCCGAUGAUCGACAAAUUAAAAUGUGGCGGAUGAAUGAUGCCAAGGCUUGGGAAGUAGACACAUGUCGCGGUCAUUACAACAAUGUGUCCUGCGUACUGUUUCAUCCUAGACAAGAUCUUAUUCUCUCCAAUUCGGAAGACAAAAGUAUCAGAGUCUGGGACAUGACAAAACGCACAUGCUUGCACACAUUCAGAAGGGAACACGAAAGAUUUUGGGUUCUCGCCGCGCAUCCGACAUUAAAUCUUUUUGCGGCUGGUCACGAUUCUGGAAUGAUUAUUUUUAAACUCGAGAGAGAACGUCCCGCGUAUGCAGUUUAUGGAAAUCUCCUGUACUAUGUGAAGGACCGUUUCCUUCGUAAACUGGACUUUACCACGUCAAAAGAUACAUCAGUGAUGCAAAUACGCGGCGGAGGAAAAACACCGCCAUAUAGCAUGUCAUAUAAUCAGGCGGAAAAUAGCGUUUUAAUAUGCACAAGACCACCUUCGAAUAUCGAGAAUAGUACUUAUGAUUUGUACAUGAUACCGCGCGAGGGAGAUUCGAGCACGGAUGCUGAUACAAAACGGGCAUCUGGCGUUACCGCUAUUUGGGUUGCCAGGAACCGGUUUGCUGUAUUGGAUAGAUCAUAUUCGUUAGUCAUUAAAAAUUUAAAGAACGAAGUCACGAAAAAAGUGCAAAUCCCAAAUUGUGACGAGAUAUUUUAUGCCGGUACCGGCAUGUUACUUUUGCGCGAUCCAGAACAAGUAACGCUGUUUGAUGUACAACAAAAGAGAACUUUAGCAGAAGUAAAAAUUACAAAAUGUAGAUAUGUUGUGUGGUCCAGCGAUAUGUCUCAUGUUGCUCUUCUGGCUAAACAUACUGUCAAUAUUUGCAAUCGUCGAUUAGAAUCUCUUUGUUGCGUGCAUGAAAAUACCAGAGUGAAAUCUGGUGCUUGGGAUGAUUCCGGUGUAUUUAUUUAUACAACCAGUAAUCACAUUAAAUAUGCAAUCAGCAAUGGUGAUCAUGGUAUCAUCCGUACACUAGAUUUACCGAUAUAUGUUACAAGAGUAAAGGGCAAUCAAGUUUAUUGCUUAGAUCGAGAAUGCAGACCACGGAUCCUUCGUAUAGAUCCGACAGAAUACAAAUUCAAGCUGGCAUUGAUUAACAGGAAAUACGAGGAAGUUUUACACAUGGUUCGCACAGCGAAUCUUGUUGGGCAAUCAAUUAUAGCGUACUUGCAACAGAAGGGAUAUCCGGAAGUAGCACUUCACUUUGUAAAAGAUGAAAAAACCAGAUUUGGUCUUGCGCUUGAAUGUGGUAAUAUCGAAGUUGCAUUAGAAGCGGCAAGAUCGCUCGAUCAGAAAUCAUGUUGGGAGAGUUUAGCGCAAACUGCUUUGCUGCAAGGUAAUCAUCAAGUCGUGGAAAUGUGUUAUCAAAGAACAAAAAACUUUGAGAAGCUGGCUUUCCUCUAUUUGAUAACUGGCAACUUGGAGAAGCUACGUAAAAUGAUAAAAAUCGCGGAAAUUCGAAAGGAUGUAUCUGGACAAUAUCAAGGAAGCUUGCUGCUUGGAGACAUUUACGAACGGGCUAAGAUUUUGCGGAACUCCGGACAAGCAUCAUUGGCGUACGUUACCGAGAAAAUCCAUGGAAUUUCAAAUGAAGAUGACGACCGUGAGUAUGAAUCGAUGAGCGAGGAACUUUCUGCGCUGGAAAAAGGUGCCACAUAUCUCUGUCCACCCGUACCUAUUCAGCAAGCUGAGAACAAUUGGCCACUGCUGACCGUUUCUAAAGGCUUCUUCGAAGGCGCGAUGUCUCGUAGCAGAACUCAAGUGGCCGCUGCUCUUGCUCUGGAAGACGACGGUGAAGCAACACCUGAAGGAUGGGGCAACGACGAAGAACUCGGUAUAGAUGACGAAGAAGGCGUGGACGCAGAAAUCGUACCCGAAGGUGAAGAGAAUCCUGGUUGGGAUGUCGAGGACGUUGAACUUCCUCCGGAACUUGAAGCUGCUGCAGUUUCCGACGAAGGCAAUAACUAUGAAUGUCUACCUACUAAAGGAGUUUCGCCACCACAGCAUUGGGUUAACAAUUCUAAAUUAGUAGUCGAUCAUAUACUGGCCGGAUCUUUCGAAUCUGCUUUCAGAUUAUUGCAUAAUCAGCUCGGAGUGGUAGAAUUUGGGCCUUAUCAAUCCUUGUUUUUAAAUACGUACGCACGUUCCAGAACAUCCUACACAUGCCUACCUAAUAUACCAUCGUUAUAUGGAUAUCCUCAAAGAAACUGGAAGGAUACUAAUUGGAAGGAUACAACAUCGAAGACCGGAUUACCUGCCGUGGGAUUGCACCUCUCCGAAUUAGUCCAGCGUCUUCAAGUGUGCUAUCAGUUAACAACCAAUGGCAAGUUUGCCAAAGCGAUAGAAAAAUUACAAAAUAUCUUGCUAAGUGUGCCAUUACUUGUUGUCGAUACUAAGCAAGACAUUGCGGAAGCUCAACAACUGAUUCAAAUUUGUCGCGAAUAUAUUUUGGGUUUGAAGAUGGAAACUGAACGUAAAAGUUUACCGAGAGCUACAUUAGCAGAGCAAAAGAGAAUUUGCGAAAUGGCAGCAUAUUUUACGCAUUGUAAUUUGCAACCUGUACAUCAGAUUCUAACUCUUCAAGUAGCUGUUAAUUUGUUCUACAAAUUAAAGAAUUAUAAAACUGCCGCAUCAUUCGCGAGAAGAUUACUGGAACUCGGACCAAAUCCUGAACUUGCACAAAAAAUUCGGGUUCUAUUACAGUCCUGUGACAAGAAUCCUGUUGACGAGCAUAAAUUAAUGUAUGAUGAGCACAAUCCAUUCUCAUUAUGUGCCAACACGUUCACACCUAUUUACAAAGGAAAACCGGAAGUGAAGUGUCCCUUAUGUGGUGCUAGUUAUAAUCUACAAUUUAAGGAUACAGUUUGCAAAAUAUGUGAAGUUGCUUUGAUAGGCAAAGAACAUUAAUAUUUUAUUUAUAUUGUUCGAUUUUUAAAAUUUUCAAUCUCUAGGAAGAAUUGAAAGGAUAUUCAUUUUAAGCGCAAUAUAAUUUUAAGAUAAAAUAUAUAACUUUAAUAAUUAAAAUAAUUUUGAAUUAAAGAGAAGCAAAAAAUAUUUCUAGCUUUAACAAAAGUAGUUAUAUUUUAUCACUCUACAGGAUAGCCUGAAAUGUGUGGAUUCUGAACAUAUUUUAAACGAAUAUUAUUCUCUUGAAUGUGACAAUUUUUUGUGCAUUUCUAUCAUUUCCAUUUUAAUUUACAACAGUAUUAAUCUAAAAUUUUGUUUUUUACAUAUUAAAAAUAAAUAUAAAAUUUAACAUGCGUGUCAGAAAUGGUGAAUCUCGAAUUGAGAUGAUUUAUAAGAAAAUAGAGACGGUAUUUAUAUAAAAAGUACAAUGUUUACAAAUAAAAUCUUAUCGAUUUCUAUCAUGUAAUGAUAAUUUCCUUGAUCUAUAUAUAUAUAUGCAAAAUUCAAAAUUUAGCAAUGUAUCCUAUUUAUGUCAAAUAUGUAUAAUUAAUAUUUUUAAGCAUAA